AUGGACGAAGCGGAAAAAAAAUUAAUUCGUUAUAAUAUCGGUUUCUUUUCUACUGCCGAGUUAUUAACUGCCAAUAACUUAAUAGCUAUUUUUAAGCAUGUUACUAAUACCGAGUGUCAACAGUAUCUCUGUCGACAAAUUUUUGAGGAAGCAGUUCAUGCUGAUACUUUUAUUUAUUGCUGUGAAAGUUUAGAUGAUUUUGUGGUUGAAUUAACUAAGUUUAUUAGCCAACCCAACUUCACUACUCAAGGAGAUGAAAACAUUCGUCACUUUCUCCAUGACUUAAUUGGUUAUUACGUGAUUAUGGAAGGGAUAUUUUUUUAUGCUGG